CUCUGGCUGCUCUGCUCUCAGCUCAUCUAGGGUGUCGGAUUUAGCCUCUUUCUCUUUCACUCUCUUUCAAUCUUCCGAUUAUUGCUGAAUGACAGUAAUAUUUUCGCGCGCCCAACUUAAAGUGUGAUUGUGGGAUCCCCAAACCCUAAUCGGGCGCUGUUCUUUUCGAAUUUUGGUGGGAAAGAAUCAUGGCCGGGAGCGGUUUGACUCCCGAUGAAGCUAUUGAAAAGCUCGUGCAAAUGGGAUUCGAGAAACCUUCCGUCGAGGUGGCGGUGAACCAGAUGGGUCCUUCGUUGGAUGUUGCCGUUGAUUAUCUCUUGAAUGGUAAUUCUCGGAAACCCGGCGGUGGUUUAAACAGUUCGAGGUAUCCUACUUCUACCGCUAGUAAUGGGAAGAAGGUUCUUGGUAAAAGAGCGAUGGUGUCUUCCUCUAGCUUGGGGCCCAGUCAGCAAUCCAGCAUUUUGGAAUAUUUUGGGUCGGGUAGUGGAUCCAAACGGAGCAAAGGUCCUGGUUUACCCCGGGUUGAGGAAUGUUCAAAGGGUAUUGACAGUAAUCGCCACAGAGAGAAAAUGGAAGAGGCCGAAUCAGUUUGCUGCUCUAGAGAGGUCGUAGAUGGUGGGAUGAAUUGGGAGGAGAGAGCUACUAGUCUAUUGCGAAAGCAUUUUCGUUAUUCAUCGUUGAAGAGUUUUCAAAAGGAAGCUUUGGCUGCUUGGGUUGCUAACCAGGAUUGUCUUAUACUUGCUGCCACUGGAUCUGGUAAAUCUCUUUGUUUUCAGCUUCCAGCGCUCUUGACAGGGAAAGUGGUUGUUGUUAUUUCACCAUUGAUUAGCUUGAUGCAUGAUCAAUGCUUGAAGCUGUCAAAACAUGGAGUCUCUGCAUGCUUUCUUGGAUCGGGACAACCAGAUAGCAGCGUGGAAAAGAAAGCAAUGAGAGGAGCAUACGAUAUAGUAUAUGUCUGCCCAGAGACAGUUCUCAGACUGAUUAAUCCACUUCAAGGUCUAGCAGAAAGUCGAGGGAUUGCUGUGUUCGCAAUCGAUGAAGUUCAUUGUGUUUCUAAGUGGGGCCAUGAUUUCAGACCUGAUUACCGGCGGAUGUCCGUUCUGAGGCAGAAUUUCAGUUGUAGCAGUUUAAAAUGUUUGAGUUCUGAUAUUCCACUGAUGGCAUUGACCGCUACAGCCACGGUUCAGGUUCGAGAAGACAUCCUUAAAUCAUUGAGGAUGUCAAAGGAGACAAAAAUAGUUCUUACUUCUUUCUUCAGAUCAAACCUACGAUUCGCGGUAAGACAUAGCAGGACCUCUUCUCCAGCUUCUUAUAGGAAGGAUUUUCAGCAGCUGAUUGAAAUGUAUACCGGAAAUAGGAAGUGCAACAAUAAAACACAAAUCAUGGCAUCAAAGAAAGUCAAUGAUAUGUCUGAGAGUUCUGCCUAUGAUAGCUCAUCUGAGGAAGAAAGCAGUGAUAUAGAUGAAGCUAUAGUAGAUUCAACUAAACAAAGUGGAUCACCUGCUUCAAAGAUCAAAGAGAUGUCAAUCGAGUAUCUGGAGAAUGACGUUGAUGUCUUUCAAGAUGUAGAUGAUUGGGAUGUUUCACAUGGGGAAUUCCAUGGGCAGCCUUCUUCCUCAGAAUGGGAUAUGGAUGAGUCAUCUGAGGCAAUCAAUCCUCCUGACAAUCCACAAAAGAGGCUAAAACUAAAGGAAGAGCAAUUGGAGGAAGGACUCAGCAUAAUAUACGUUCCUACAAGGAAAGAGACAGUGGGCAUCGCGAAGUAUCUCUGUGGUUUAGGUGUGAAGGCUGCUGCUUAUAAUGCAUCGUUGCCAAAAUCACAUCUACGUAGGGUCCACAAGGAAUUUCAUGAUAAUAUGCUCCAGGUUGUGGUGGCAACUAUUGCAUUCGGAAUGGGGAUCGACAAGCUAAAUGUUCGAAGAAUUAUCCACUAUGGAUGGCCACAGAGUAUAGAGGCUUACUAUCAAGAAGCAGGCCGUGCGGGGAGAGACGGGAAGCUAGCAGAAUGCACCUUGUACGCCGACCUGUCAAGACUACCAUCUCUGCUUCCAAACAAAAGAAGUGAAGAUCAAACAAAGCAAGCGUAUAAAAUGUUGUCUGACUGCUUCAGGUAUGGAAUGAAUACCUCGAGUUGCCGUUCCAAGAUCCUCGUGGAGUACUUUGGGGAAGAUUUUCGUCACGAAAAGUGUCUAUCGUGUGAUGUAUGUGUCGGUGGACCUCCCAACAUGCAGAACGUGAAAGAGGAAGCUGAUGUUCUGAUGCAGAUUAUUGCUGCUGCGUAUCACGCACAGACUGAUUUCGGUGAUGGCUAUUAUGAUGAUUUGAUUGGUGAUGCAAAACCACAAAGACUAGUGCGAACACCUGAUCUCAGAACUUUAGUUAGUAAGAUAAGGGAGCAGUUACCAAAGUUCUGUGCUACUGAUCAGCUGUGGUGGCGAGGUCUGGCUCGAAUCCUGGAACAGAAAGGAUUCAUAAAAGAGAGCGACGGCAAGGUCCAUGUGCAGAUAAAGUUUCCUGAACCAACGAGGCUGGGGCUUGAAUUCCUGGAGUUCGAUCGAGAUCAGCCUUUCCAUGUUUACCCUGAAGCAGACAUGCAACUGUCAAUAAACAGCACCAAAACUUUCUCCAGUUUUGCAGAAUGGGGGAGAGGCUGGGCUGAUCCAGAAAUCCGUCGUCAGCGCUUGGCGAGGAAGAGAUCAUCACCAUCGAAGAGAAAGCCAAGGAAAGCGAGGAAGAAGGGUCGAGCAACUAACAAAUUUGGUGGUGGCCGGAAACCUGACUUGAAGACCGCGAGAGGUAGAAUAGCAUCAAAACUCUUUAGUCACUAGUGAUAAACCAGACUGGUGACUGAUGUAGCAAAAGCAUGUAAUCAAAGUUAACUCAGAGAGCUAAACUCUCCGGAGUCAUUCUUUAGUCUUCCUAGUAGCACUACUCAAGAACCAUACACAAGUAUCAGAACUGGCUUUGUGGUUCAGGAACAAUGUUGGAGAGGGUGAUAAUUAUCCAAUUCAUCUUUGAUGGCAAUUAGGUUACCAUAAUACUCUGACAGACUGACUACAUUGUUUUAGACUGCUUAAAGCUUCAGUAAGUUCAGCUAUCC